UCUUAAUCCCGACGUGCUAUUGCUAAGAGGAAACAACGCCAAAAGAAAUGAAGGAGCUCAGCGAGGCCUGCCAAAGAGCGGCUUAGAGCAAUGCAUACGCAAAGAUUAUUCCAGCAACUGACUUGAACAAUUACAAUUUAUUCUGCUUUUCGUCUGUGACGGUGUUAUUUUUUCAAAUUUAAUGUCCAUGAAUACGUCUAUCCGUAUCUUUUCGUUUUCUCAUUGAGAUUUUUUUCAAAAUAAAAGCUGAGCUCGAAGUUUGAGUUUCCUAUUUUCCGAUACGGGCCGGGCGUCUUCUGUUUUUCCUACAGGUGGAUACUUGUGUAGAGUAGCUGCCUUGUACUUGUUCACCACGGACCGCUCGUUUCUGUGAUUGACCCCGCCGAUCCCCCCGAACCGCUUCCGCGAUGCCGGAGUUGUUGAAAAGCGAGGUUGGUGUCGAAACCACUGCACAACCAGCAAAACCAAAGGAGCCGGCAGCUGAAGAAAUCCAGAAGUCCUCGCCCCCAGCUGCAGUCACGACAAAAGCAGAGGCUGCUGCCGAAGCACUUGCUGGCGAAGCUACCACUGCAGUCGAGGCGGAGCUGCAGAAUAAGCCGUCGUCGUCGUCAACAUCCGGCAAUGUUGUGGAGGCCCACGCAGAGGUUCUGGAUCAGAAGCAGGAGUUGUUGCAGAAGAAUCAAAAAGAGGACAUCGCAUCAGGAGCUGCGCGAGAAGAUGAUCAUCCAACGAAACAAGUGAAAAUGGACGGGGACACCAAGGACAACGGAAAUGGUCAAGAACAAGCUCCACCCGCGAAGCGACCAAGAGGCAGACCAAAGAAAUCUGCUCUGCCGCAACACCAGGAAGGAGGAAAUAAGGCAGGAGCACCGGACAAAGCAGCCGCGGCUCCCAAAAAGCCUUCCAAAAUGAAACAAGCUAAAAGUAGCGCAGGAUCAAAAAACAAAUCCGGCGACGCAGCAGCUGAUCCUGACAUCGAGAUGAAGGGCGAGGUAAAUGAAAAUCAAGACAACGAUGAACAGGCGGACGUCACGAACAAAGACAACAAAAAUCGGGAGGUUUUCAUGAAGCCCGCCGGCGAUGGCGACUCAUCCUCGGACGACGACGAGAAGCGUGUGGUGAACGGCGGAGAGGAGGCUGGUCGGCUCUCUCGAGUGGAGGAACGACCGCCCGCCAAGGCACUCCCGAGAAACGAAGACAAGUGGAACACGUUGAAGAGUGUGGCGGAGAAAGCGCAGGACUGCCUCGACCGAGAGAACUACAAAGACUUGGAGGCGUAUUUUCUGGAAUUGUGGAAACAGGGCAAGCAGGACGAGAUGUGGGGUUUCUGCGAAACACUGCUGGAAAAGCACAAACACACCUUCCCCGUUUCCGCAGCGAGAAACAAUGUCUAUGAAAGCUCCAAGAAGGAAACGGAAAAGUCAAAAGCGCGGACCUUCUACAACUUAGGGCUAGUCAAUCACCGGCCGGUGGGGAAAUUAGCGGCCGAGAUGGAAAAUAAACCGGCGAAGGAACUGGUAUAAAUGCAAGCAGGUUGCUGCUUCUGUUGAUGUUGAUCAAAGUUUUUUUUUGUUGUUGACGUGUCGCAAUCUUCAUUGAGACCACAACCACCUCGUUCUAUGAUGCCCCUGCGCUCUUGGUCAUUUCAUCUUGUUCCCAUUCUCAUCUUCAGGCGAUCGCCCUCAACGCUGCAAUGACGGUCUGCAGACUCGCGGGCGACGAGAAAGAAAGCGGUGAAAAGCUGUUUUGGCACAGCGGAAUAACGUUGAAUCUCAAUGGCACCACCCGCGUGCAUUGUGACAAAGGCAAUCUCGGAAGAAGCCGGGCGGCCGCGUUUGGGACUUUUAUCGGUGGCGAGACGCUGAUAUACGAUCCAGAGGGCACCCAAUGGAUGAACGUAAAAGACCGCCGAAGCCUGGCCUGCGUCCGAGAACGGGGAUGGAACGCGUGGAAGCACGGGCUGGAGCCACUAGUGCUGCGGAUCAAAGGUAUUAAAUUUGUAACGGGUUGGUCUUUUGCUUUUUCGUGGUCAGCCCGCGUGGAGCGGCCCUUGCUCUUCAUACAUUCGUGAAUGCGCGCACUGCUGGGCGUGCCGGCGCAAGGCGCAGAAGUGUCGUUGCUUGGUGUUCUCAUGCAAGUUGUGCUCCAAUGUGGAUGUCAAUCUAAUGGAGUCGAAAACUUUUCAUGACAGGAACCGAAGAAGUGAUAACCGCGGACCGCGAAUGGUUGUCAACAGACGCGGGAAAUUCCCUCUACAAAUCUGAAAUACAAAUGCCGUUUCGGCGUGCCGUCGUAUUUCAUAAUGCCCCGGAUUUCGAAGGACCGCUGCCGCAUUGUACUGCGCCCGCGUUUCCUCCGUGCUGGGCAGAGGACGGCGAAAACCGCCCGGAGGCGUUGCGGGGGCUGAAGCUGUUCGGCGAAGACAUGGACGCGGAUGACCUCGACCGAGUCAUCAAGUUCUGCGCCGACAACCAGGACGAAAUGGUCAAACUCGGCUACACCAGAUACGUAGCAGUGUCCUACCCACACCAAUGCGCGACCACGUUCCGCAUCGCAAAGGGCUCCCCCGAGGCCGCGGCUACCUACGGCUUCGCGCGGCUGUGCGACCCGCGCUACGAGGCUAGCAGGGUGAAGCUGGAAAGUCUCUUUCGCGAAGAGAUUACGAGGGACGGCGCGGGCAAAAUUUCGCUGAAAGAGCUGGGAAUCGCGGGGCUUGCUGGCGAGUGGAAGGGCGGCAAGGAAAAUUUGAAACCGGACUCAGUGAAAGACAAGGAGAAGGAGAUACGGGAAACCACGGAAAAGAAGAUCGCGGAGGAAUUGAAAUUGGAGCCGGAGGCGGUGCGGAAACUGUUAGCAGACACUACCAAAGAUUACACGUGGAAGUACGUGGAGAACCGCAGUGACACGUGCCCCGUACUGCUGCUCGACGACCUGCUGAUCGAGUGGGGUAUCGAAGACGCAAUCAAGGAAGAACGAAGGGAGCGGAUUAAAAAGCGGGAGGAAAAGUUGAAGGAAAAGGAGGAAAACAAGGACCCGAAAGCGAAAGUCACCGUGCCAGCGGCACCAAAGGACGAGCUCGCGUACGUGGUCGGCGUAAAAAGAACGCUCAGGGAAAUGCUGAGAACGUUUGAGGGCAGGGUAUAAAAGUUUCGCUUUUCAUGGGGUUUUUACAUAUCGGAAUUGGUGUUGCAGUAAAGGUUUUGUAUAUUGCUUCUCCAAAAAGAAAAGAAAUGCUUUUGGGUUUGUGCCAUAGCCUGCAACCCCAGCUACAGAAGCAGAAGCCUUUGAAAUCUUCUAACAGUGCUUCUCGCUACCACCACAAGUAGAAGAGUGAGUCACUGCGACUGGUGGCUCACUGUCAAUAGCGACGCCUUUACGACCGGUGGCUCAUUGUCAAUAUUGACCGGUCGUGGUGCACUGUCAAUGCGGUGGCUCACUGUCAACAGCGGAUCCUGCGCAAAUGAGUGAUAGUUGGUUCUUCGUUCUCAACAUACAAAUAAUACAAUGCUAAAUUACAAUAACUACAGACCAUCCCCGAGUUUGCUUCUGGGAACAACCCCGGCUACAUUCCGUGGCGCGAUUACCCACCCAAGUGGUGGUGGCGAAAAGGGACGGACUUGAGCGCGGUCAAGGCCAUGUAUGUGAACCACUACAACAAGACGCAAGUCGUCACGGCUGGCGCAGCACCAAACCCCACCAUCGUCGGCCGGCUGCGGGACUGCAGUGCCUGGAACGCCACGGAGAAAGGGCAGACGGGCGCGCGACUGCAGAUCGAACAAAAAUUCAACGAAAAUGUCGAAUCGAAGGAGACGGCGGCGGAAAUCAAAUUGCGCGAAGAACUGCAGAAACUCAAACGAGAACGGCGUGGGAAGCCCGAAGCAAAUAACGCAGAGGAGACGAAGAAACUGCAGGAGGGCGGCGAGCUUGCCGACGGAGAAGCGGAGCAAGCUAAUCCACCAGCCAAGAAAGCCAGAAAAAUGGCAACUGCUUCCAUGAAGAAGGUGAAGGCGACAGUUGCGGGGGGAGAGAGCAAAAAGGAUGCUGCUGAGCAAGACGUCGAGAUGCGCGAUGUAGUUGCACAGCAGGACGGUAUGGGCGAGCAGAAUCCAGACGAGAGCGCGAAUAACGUUGGGGCCGCUGACCGAAAGGAUGUUGAAGCUCCUACUGGCGGUUCGUCAGCAUCAUCCUCUUCGUCAAGUUCAUCUUCAUCAUCCAGCAAUACAAAGCAAGCCACAUCCUCGAAGGAUUCGUCUGUGUGUGGAGUGGGCGACGCGGAAAGAAAAGGCAAAAAUUCUGAAAAAGACGCCGCGAAGCCGAAAAAAAAAGCAAAGAAGAACCAGGAUCCACCGGAAGGGUGGUACCAGCCGACCCUGUUCGAGUGCUUUGCGAAAUCGAAACCCAAUCCUUCAUCUGUCGAUCCCAGUCACAAAUCUGAAGAGAAAAACAAUCCGUCCGACGCCGAUCACCACAACAAGAAGGCCGAUGCUUCUCUACUCGAGUCCUAGGUAGGAUUUUGCGCAGCUUCUCUCCGGAGCCGCAUGCUUACUGCGGUCAACGAGCGGGAACGUGAGGCCUGAAAGUCCCAUUGCUAUAGUGAAAUUGUAUAUUGAGUUUUUUUUUCUAUGUUUUGCUUUCAAGAACCAACUAAUUCAACUCUCAAAAUCACCAUGUAGUUCUUGACGUCAACAUCUAGCACGCAGUUCUUGAUGUGCAAAUUCCGCACAUCGACCGCAGCUCAACAUCAUUUCUGUCGCGCUGGCGAACCAACGCAGAAUUUCCCUUGCGCAAAAAACUGUAGAGUCACGAUUAUUUGACUGCUUGAGCAGGUUGAAUCUGAAAGGUGGCGCUGAACGCCAAUACUGCAGCACAUGCCAGAGCGCCGGUCCCGCAGUAC